CCCCACCGCUGUCAACAGAGGAGUCACGCGCUGCGCUAUUCCCAUUGGUGGGAAGCGAUGUCAAUCACUGCUUCCAACCAAUAGCGGAGGCGGACCAGCCGAGAGGGCGUUACCCCCGCUGACACCGUCUCCCGAACUUUCCGUCACGGCGGGACAACCGUCAAAGUAAAUGUCCGCUUUCUGAUUUAUUUCCAUUUCCCUCCGAGGGAAGUUGGGGCGUUUGUGAAGCGUCUCCUGCGGCCGGAGUCUGAUGUGUCGCUGAGAGGUUCUACUGCUGACAUAGAGACAACGAAUUACAUGACAUCUGCCGGUGCUAUUAAACCUGAUUCUGAUAAUUGGUCUGGGAGACCCACCACCGGUCACCUGAUCCUAGUUACCACAGAUCGUAAUGUGAGUUUGAAGCCUUUUCUAUUUAUUUGCAUUCCUCAGAAAUGACAACAGUUAAGUUUCCUUCUGUGGUUCCAGAGCAGAAGCUCAGUCUGUCUAAUAUUUCCACACAAUUAAAAUGGGGAAUUUGUUUAUUCUUAUCAGGUACUGAGCUGCAGUGAAAAUCUUGCUCGACCUACCAUCCACACAGAUCAAUACAUUACAACAGUACAUUGAGCUGAUAUACGAUAAAACAAUAACUGUAACAAAGCAUUAUGGCUGCAGAGAAAGUGCAGUGCAGAUAGACAUAUGGGGCAGGGUCACGUCGAGUUACAUUGUGAGGUCGAGUCCAUUUUAUUGGACUGGAGACCAUUCAUUUGGCUGACAACCACACACAGGAAGCUGUCCAUGAGCCUGGUGGUACGCUCUUUAAGGCUUUUGUAUCUCUUCCCUGAUGGGGGAUUGGGUUUGCAGCAAUAAUGUCCAAAGUUGUGGGCAUCUUUGAGUGCACGACCUGCUUUCCCAAGGCAGGGGAAGUGUAGGAAGAGUCCAUAGUGGGGAGGCUUGUUUCUAUGAUGUUUCCAGAUGAGACCAAAGUUCUCUGCAGUUCCUUGCAGUCAUGGGCAGAGCUUUAGCCAUACGAAGGCGUGAAGUAUCGACAAGAAGCUCAGAGACCUCGGCCUUCACCCUGCCUUGUGCAGCUUGUGAUCCUGGACUUCCUGUCAGAUGGCCAGCAGCUGUAUCUUUCACGUUAAAGUUAGACCUGCGCUGAGAGAUUUAUUGGAAGAAAAACCCCAACUGGAAGCAAACCACGACUGAAGACGAGGGAACAGCAACAAGUGAACCAGCCCGAGGGUUGACAGCAUCAACUGGAGAGAACCCACCUGACUCAGAGAAUCCAGUGAUUCAGUCAGGAGAAAGCUUGGCUCUGUGUCCAUCUCCUGAAUAAAGGAAAGGUAUGUCGCAUCUGGAGAUUCUCCAGUUAGCGGACGGUUCCCCUCCGCUCCUCUCUGAUGUAAUGGGGAACCGCGUACGAGGCAAGGUACAGCAGUGGUUUGCCAUUGCCUUCUGCUGGGUGAGUUUCCAAAGAGAUCACCAGCUCGUAACCCAGCACGGAUGGAAAGCAUGCAGGGGAGCCGUCUGGAUUCGAACUCGGGACCUUUCAUCCCAAAGUCCAUCACUGAUGCCACUACGCCACCAACCACGUCUCUCCUGAGUAAAUAGAGGUAAAAAAUAACAAGGAAUUUGUCCAUGGGAAUUCAAACACAACACAGCAGUUUUGCUGUCUCUGUCCAGAUAUUUAAGAAGAGGAGCAAGGGAUUCACUCAAUUAUACUUCCUGCUUAGACUGUGGAGAGGAAGUCACUCGGUCAUCUGACCGACUGGCAUUCCCGUCAUUUUACACAGGGGAGAGGCCAUUUGUCUGCUCAGACAGUGGGAAUGGAUUCACUCGGUUAUCUCAACUGAAGGUACAUCAGCAAGUUCACACUGGACAAGGCCAUUCACCUGUUCUGUGUGUGAGAAGGGAUUCAGUCGGUCUUCCCACCUGUGGACACACCAGUCAGUUCACACUGGGCAGAGGCUGGUCAUCUGCUGAAUUUGUGGGGAAGGAUUCACUCAGUCAUCUGACCAAUGGUUCACCAGUCAGUUCACACCAGGGAAUGGCGGUUCACCUGCUCAGACUGCGGGAAGGGAUUCACUUGGUCAUCUCAACUGAAGGUACAUCAGCGAGUUCAUACUGGAGAGAGGCCAUUCACCUGCUCAGUCUGUGGGAAAGGAUUCACUCAGUUAUCCAACCUACAAGCACACCAGUCUGUUCACACUGGGGAGAGGCCAUUCACCUGCUCAGACUGUGGGAAGGGAUUCGCUCGUUUCUCUCAACUGAAGGAACAUCAGCGAGUUCACACUGGGGAGAGGCUGUUUAAAUGCUCAGACUGUGGGAUGGGAUUCAUUCGGUCAUCCAACCUAUUGGUACACCAACGAGUUCACACCGGGGAGAGACCAUACACCUGCUCACUCUGUGGGAAGAGAUUCACUUUCUCAUCUAAACUGAAGGUACAUCAGCGAGUUCACACUGGAGAGAGGCCGUUCACCUGUUUAGACUGCGGGAAGGGAUUCACUCGUUCAUCUCAACUGACGGAACAUCAGCGAGUUCACACUGGGGAGAGGCCGUUCACCUGUUUAGACUGCGGGAAGGGAUUCACUCGUUCAUCUCAACUGACGGAACAUCAGCGAGUUCACACUGGGGAGAGGCUGUUCACCUGCUCAGACUGUGGUAUGGGAUUCACUCGGUCAUCCAACCUGUUGGUACACCAGCGAGUUCACACUGGGGAGAGGCCAUUCACCUGCUCACUCUGUGGGAAAGCAUUCACCUUAUUAUUUCACCUACUGAGACACCAGUCAGUUCACACUGGGGAGAGUUCAUUCUCCUGCUCAGUGUGUGGGAAGACUUUCACUCAGUCAUCCAACCUACAGAGUCACCAACGAGUUCACACUGGGGAGAAGCCGUUCACCUGCUCAGAAUGUGGGAAAGGAUUCACUUUCUUAUCUUCCCUGUGGAGACAUCAGUCAGUUCACACCAGGGAGAGGCUGUUCACCUGCUCUGUCUGUGGGAAGGGAUUCACUCGGUCAUCCGACCUACAGAGUCAUCAACGAGUUCACACUGGGGAAAGGCCUUUCACCUGCUCAGACUGUGGAAAGGGAUUCACUCAGUCAUCCAACUUAUUGACACACCAGUCACUUCACACUGGGGAGAGGCCAUUCAUCUGCUCAGAAUGUGGGAAGGGAUUCACUCGGUCAUCUCAUCUACUAAAACACCAGCAAGUUCACACUGGGUAGAGGCCAAUCACCUGCUUAGACUUUGGGAAGAGAUUCUCUCAGCCAUCUCCGCUAAAUCGCUAAAUGUGCAUCAUUGAGUUCACACAGGGGAGCGUCUGUUCACCUGCCGUGAAUGUGGGAAGUGAUUGACUUAAUAAUCUAACCUUGUGACACGCUACCGGGUUUACAAUGGGUAGAAAGUUUCAAUAAGCUGCAUGCUGGAUAUUUGUCUAUCACCAUUGCUGAAUGCAAUUUCGAGAGUGACUGUCGGUACUGAACUCUGCAAUUAUUGCUGCUGCUCACCACACCCAGUUCUGCACCCUGGUCACUGGGCAUGGGAGUAGUUUCUUCUGCCGCAUAUUCACCUUUGAUGGGACUGGAGUUUAAUAUUCUGAAUCUGAGACAAAUAAAUCAGUUCUAUUUUAAACUCUGUCUCUGGUACUUAGUGAAUUUAUAACACACCUAGUGUACAGUAGAGAGUCAACUCAGGCUGGCUGGACCCUGCCAGUGAUUCUAUUCCACGACAGUCCUUUUGAAUCCUCCCCUAUUGUUCAUCUCUCGCUCUCCCUGUGGUGAUGGGUGACGAGGUUUCCCUUGAAUUCUCUGCAGACUGAAGAAGUCGAGCUGACUGCAGUUCUGUCUGAGAUGUUCUUCGCCCCUCUAAUCUCUGUGCUGAGAAGCAUGACAUUGGUAGUUAACGUCCUUAUUCACGGCUCAUUUCCACAUUAUGGGUCAUUUUCCCUGCUUCUAAAGGGUUGUUAGAAAACAUCACUGUCCUCUAAAGACUGAAAGCAGAAUGGGAAACCAUUAGUUGGAUGUUCAAUGGAGCAGGGUCAGAAACCAGAGGCGGGUCUGCACAGGGCAUAGUUUGGGGCUCUGGACGAUGGUCGGGGUAAGAACGAAAGAUGAGGAGAAGGGAAUCAGCAGCGGGGCGUGGCAACGAAUGACAGAGUAGCAACAUUUCAAAGCUGAUUGGCAGAGAAAAUAAUUUGGUUGUCUGACUGAUGACACAAACAAUACCUGAGGUGAGGUGCUCCACUGGUCGAGGGAUGUGUGUGCUGGGAUGGUUUUAUCUAUUGAGGGAGUUGUUCCUGCCUGUUUAUCCUGUAAUAUUAUAUCGAGAUGGUUAUUAUGUCUGAUUGUCCUAUCUGUAAUAAUCUAUUGAUUAUCUAUAAUUUGUAAGAUUUUUACUCUAAAACUGGAUCAGGCUUGAAUUUAUAGUGGUCAGUCAUGAGCUUAAAGCAAGAUUUUGCUGAAUUAUGUUUGCCACUUGAUUGUACCUUUGUAAGUAAUCAGAUUGAGUUAAACUGCUGCAGGAUCCCAGAAAGUGUUGGAUUUUGUCUGGUUUCUCCUGGCAUUUUCUGCAUUCAUCACCUUGUUUGUUAGUCUUUUAUGUAUUUUUGAUCAUUUUUGUGUUAACCACCCUGUCCUGUAUUUCUGCAAGGAACCUCUCUUUCUGUGAAGACGUCUGCCACUUUGGGUCGGGCGUUUGAUGCUUCCUUGACGAACAUCUCGUCUGCUCAGAUCAUUGGGGUGUAUUCCAUGGAGGGUCAUAAUCAUUCCACUGGUUAACAUUUUCUUCAAUACCGGUGAUUCAUUUUUCUGAGUUGCCCUCUCAUUUAAGUUUCCUGGUGUGUACUUCAUAUCACAAUUGUAUAUGCUUGCAUGGAGUGCUGAAUCCUGCUUAUUUUUGAAGAAAAUAUAUAUUUAGGAGUUUUAUCUGAAAGUUUUGCUAUGAA